AUGUUCAUAUUCUUACUUAUUCCAUUUGCUUUAGCAGGCACAACAAUCAACGGCGACUUUGACGUCCACGGCAUUGUAUCUUGCUCUUCAAUCCAAUCAGAAUCUCUUGAAACAGACGGCGACAUCUCAAUAUCCUCUUCAUUAAAGGCUAACGAGCUUCAUUCAACCUACAUGACAGCUGAAAAAAUAUAUGUCGACACCAUAACUUCAGGAACAGGCUCUAUAACAAUUGAAGGUGACUUACUGUUUUCCACUCAAUCUUCCUCUUCAUUUCUUGAAACUUCUUGGUCCUUAAAAGAGCACAACACUUUUCAAAAUUCUCACGAAGGCUGGUCUCACCUAGACAGGCACUCUUGUGAUGGAAUUAACCAUUUCUUAGGAGGAAAAUGUGAGCUAGCCGAACAAGAGCUCGGGAAAACUUUCAAUAUUUCAAGGCACAAUUUACUAAGAGUAACUGCAACUUUACAUAUGCUAGGCCCAUGGAAUGGCGAAUCAGCCUAUAUGAAAAUUGAUGGAAAUAUCGUAUGAAGCCAAAGUGGCCUUUCUCAUCACAGUGGACUAAAGAUAUGUGGACAAGAAUUCCCAGACACCCGCUAUGGGAUUCAUAUUGAUGUUACUGUGCCUCACAUCAGCGAAUCAGCAGAAGUUAAAUUUGGGUCAACCUUAAAAUCUGAGCCUUGCUUGGCAAGUUUUGCUGUUGACGAUGUGAUGAUUUAUUCAAGAAUAAAGCUUUAA